AUGGCUGGAAGGGAUCCUCCGGGGGACGUGUCUACUUUUGAGAUCGAGUGCAAGAACACUUUCCUUCACAUCAGCGAACGGCCUUCCCGCGAUGCUCGUGCCGGUCAAGCAGUCAGUCGCAGCUGCAGCUGGACGCCUUCCUCGAAUGGGAGUAGCCCGGAGAAGUCCUCGGAGUCGUCUGUGUCCAGCCUGAUUCGGCACUUCAUCCCGAACUUGGAGGAGACGCCACCACCUUCACACCAACUCUUCCACCAUGUCGCAAGCUCCAGCAGUCAGACGUCCCGGUCCAGCGAUCCCAGCCACGGCCUUGCGGAGCCAGAGGACGCGAUCCGAGCAGAGGUGGCUGGCAUGAUGGACUUCCCUUCUGCAGGUUCGCGACUACACUUCGAGGGUAAAUGCCAACCUUGUCGCUUCAUCGACCAUCCGGAUGGCUGUCGAAACGGUUAUGAGUGCAACUUCUGCCACUUUCGGGAUCACGAUGCAUCCAGCGCCAAGACCCACCGGCCCUCCAAAGGAGUCCGAUCAGGGUACAAGCGGAGCGUCAACCAGGUCAUCCAUUCCGACAUGUCGGAGGAGCAGAAGCUUGAGGCAUACAAGAAGCUGGCCGAAAGGAGUCCUUACAUGCGUUGCUUGCUGCGAGCCGUGGUUCCCAACAUCGACGACCUGCUAGAAGAGCAGGGCCAUGUUGAAGCAGCGAGCUCGAAAGCCGCCGACCAACCUCGUGCACCUGGCUUGCAACCGGCAGCCCAGAUGCCUCGCACACCUGGGCAGCAAGGCGCCACUGGUUCAAAGCUUUCCUUGUGA